AUGACAAGUUCAUUUUCGGAAGCGCCAUCGCCCAAUCUGUCUCCCUUUCUUCCCAAUUUCCUUUUCUUGUACUGCUUUUCUUUUCAUUAUUUCUUACUUAUUAUUUAUUCCGUUUUUAUGCACUUUGUUUGUUCGUUUCUAUCUUUUUUCUUUCGUUUUAUGUACAUUUUUCUUUCUUUUUCUUUCGUUUUAUGUACCUUUUUCUUUCUUUUUCCCUUUCGUUUUAUGUACCUUUUUCUUUCUUUUUCCCUUUCGUUUUAUGUACCUUUUUCUUUCUUUUUUCCUUUCGUUUUAUGUACCUUUUUCUUUCUUUUUCCCUUUCGUUUUAUGUACCUUUUUUUUUUUUUUUUCUUUUUCGUUUUAUGUAAUUUUUUUCUUUCUUUUUUCCCUUUCGUUUUAUGUACCUUUUUCUUUUUUUUUCCUUUCGUUUUAUGUACCUUUUUCUUUUUUUUUUCCUUUCGUUUUAUUACCUUUUUCUUUAUUUUUUUUUCUUUCGUUUUAUGUACCAUUUUCUUUGUUUUUUUUCCUUUCGUUUUAUGUACCUUUUUUUUUUCUUUUUUCCUUUCGUUUUAUGUGCCUUUUUUCUUUCUUUUUUCUUUCGUUUUAUGUACCUUUUUCUUUCUUUUUUCCUUUCGUUUUAUGUACCUUUUUCUUUCUUUUUUCCUUUCGUUUUAUGUACCUUUUUCUUUCUUUUUUCCUUUCGUUUUAUGUACCUUUUUCUUUCUUUUUUCUUUCGUUUUAUGUACCUUUUUCUUUCUUUUUUCCUUUCGUUUUAUGUACAAGGAUUUUUCUUUCUUUUUUCCCUUUCGUUUUAUGUACCUUUUUCUUUCUUUUUUCCUUUCGUUUUUUAUGUACCUUUUUCUUUUCUUUUUUCCUUUCGUUUUAUGUACCUUUUUUCUUUCUUUUUCCUUUCGUUUUAUGUACUUUUUCUUUCUUUUUUCCCUUUCGUUUUAUGUACCUUUUUCUUUCUUUUUUUUCCCUUUCGUUUUGUAUAAUAAUUUUUUUCUUUCUUUUUUCCUUUCGUUUUAUGUACCUUUUUCUUUUUUUUUUCCCUUUCGUUUUAUGUACCUUUUUCUUUCUUUUUUCCUUUCGUUUUAUGUACCUUUUUUUUUUUUUUUCCUUUCGUUUUAUUACCUUUUUCUUUUUUUUUUUUCUUUCGUUUUAUGUACCUUUUUCUUUCUUUUUUCCUUUCGUUUUAUGUACCUUUUUUUUCUUUUCCUUUCGUUUUAUGUACCUUUUUCUUUCUUUUUUCCUUUCGUUUUAAGUACCUUUUUUUUUCCUUUCGUUUUUGUGCACCUUCUUUUCUUUUUUUUUCGUUGGUUUUUAUGCACUUUAUUUUUUUCUUUCUUGUUAGCUUUUAUCAAUUUUCCCUUUUCUUUUCUUUUCCUUGUAUCCUUAUUUUCUUCUUUUUUUUCAUAUUUAUUAUAG